ACUACAGCAGUACCAGAGAUACCCACAACAAUGGAAACCACAGCAGUACCAGAGAUACCCACAACAAGGGAAACUACACCAGUACCAGAGAUACCCACAGUGAGGGAAGCAACAACACAGGAGAGGGUGACAACAAGAAAAACUACACCAGUACAAGCAAUAACCACAUUGAGGGAAACUACAGCAGUACCAGAGAUACCCACAACAAUGGAAACUACAGCAGUACCAGAGAUACCCACAGCAGUACCAGAGAUACCCACAACAAGGAAAACUACAGCAGUACCAGAGAUAGCCACAGUGAGGGAGACUACAACAGUGCAGGCGAUACCCACCACAAGGGAAACAACGCAGGAACUAGCCACCACAAGGCAAUCUACAACACAAGAGAAACCUACACCUAGGGAAACCACAACAACACAAGGGAUGGUGACGGCAGUGGAAACUCCUGCAAUGACACAUGAGAUGGUAACUACAAGGAAAGCUACCACACCAGAGCUACCCACACCAAAGCAAACACCUGGAACCACACGGGAGAUACCCACAAUGAAGAAAGCCACCACAACAAUACUAGGGAGGCCCACAACCACGCAGGAAAUCCCGGCGGCAACGCCAACAAAAGCGGAUUUACCGAAGACUGUACAGGUCUCAACAACUGCAGGGCCCAUCGAUUGGGAUCCCAACUUCUGCAGUGACAAAGAGUCUGGCCUUUAUCCCGAUCCACUGGACAGGUCGAGCUUUUUCCAGUGUUUUAUGGGGCAAACAUUCCAUUUGCCGUGUCCUGCGAUAUUGGUUUUCAAUCCGAAAACAGGAACAUGUGAUUGGCCAGAGGAUGCAGUAGAAGAUACAGACACAUUCAAUGCAACAUUCUGCAGGGAUAGGGUGGAUGGUAACUAUGCCGACCCAUUGAACCCCAAUAUGUUCUACCAGUGCGUGGCAGGAACCGCCUUCCAUUUGGCAUGUCAGGGCAAUCUGGUCUUCGAUCCAUUGGUCAACGCUUGCCUCUUUGCCUACAGCACCCCAACCCCAGCCGUGCCGUGGAUACCGACAAGUACACAAGGGAUGACCACCACCAUCAGAAAACCCAACAUUUGCUGCGGCAUAGACGAUGGAAUCUACGCCGACUCAAAGGACACGAGCGCCUUCUACCAGUGUGUGGAGGAAGUGACCUUCUACAUGUCGUGCCAUCCGAAAAUGGUUUUCAAUCCACACCUCAAUGUGUGCGACUAUCCAUGAAGCGGUUCCAAGGGGAACAUAUCAGUCGCCCAGGACAGGCUCCUGCACCAUGACCAAUCUUCUGCAACUAGCGAUCUGUUUGCAACACCCAAACGCCAUCUUCUUCUGCAGCUUGUUAGGGACGUAACUGCAUUCACAGACUAUUCCGCCUUGUGCAUCUUUCUUCAGCGGUGAAGGGAUUCUCUGGAAGCGCUCCUAGGCGCCUUCGGCAACAGAUUUUCUGCAACUCCACAAAAUUGUGCAGUUCAUUCCAACUUUGGGUAUCUUGAUGUUUUAGGUCUGGAAGGUGGAUCUAAAUCUCAACAAAUCCUUAGAGAGUUGGCAAUGGGAAAGAUAUUUCAAUUUCAAUUUCAAAGAUAUUUCUGGCAAAUUCAUUUCACUUGCACUUUAUGUGCAAGUGACGAUUAAAACUGAUAUUGAUUGAUAUUGAUUUUUCUAACCAUUUGAGGCUGCCACUGUAUUCAUCACUUCUGUAGAUAAAUGGGGAAUUUUUUUGCUGUACUACAAAAUACCUUGAGCUGUGCAUCAGACUGCGGAGCUGUAAUGGGCCAUAGUAAAUGCAGGGGUGUUUCUCUGAUUAGGAAUGAAUGAAUCUGUUAGUUAUAUUCAAAUAAAAUAUCAUUAUUGAA